UUUCACGUUUGAACGUCUCUCGAACGAAGCACAGACGAUUUCCACGGAAAAGCGCAAUGUGAAAGCCAAAAAAGACUAGAAAUAGCCUGGCGUGACGUCCCACACAGACGACAGACAGCAGAACGAUUAGCACCGUCAGUAGCGGACUAAAGCGAACCGAGAGAGGAUCUAACGCCCCGAUCAAACCGAUCAAACCGAUCGAACAGAUCGAACCGCCGAUCCCAUUGAUCCCAAAGUGCCUAGUCUAAGAAGUGUUACGAAAAUGCCAACAUUCCAUCGCUGAAACCGAAAUCCGAAACCGAGAGAACAUAGAUUCCUGCCGCCAGCAGGUGGUUGUGUCACGCGAGUGUCCCAAGUGAUAGAUAAGCUCCAGGAUGUGUCUUUAAAGUAAAUCCCCGACGCCGAACACCGAGCUGCGCUAACAAAGCUGCGAGAACAAAGCGAGGACUGCACCACCGGGUGGUUUUAGUGGUUCGCGGGGACCAUGCCGGUCAUUGCCGACGCCGCCAGCGAUGAGCCACCAGCGAAAUGUUGCAAACAUUGUGAGGGUGAGUUUCCUUUGUGGUCAAUCGAUUGGAGUCCGUUCGAGAAGUCUACGCAAAGCGUGGACGGCGGACCUGCAUCGUGGCGUUUAACGCUCGAUCAGGAUCUAAUUGACACGCUCAAGGGCAACUUUCCCAGCUGGUUCCAGGGCUCAGCCGGCGGAGGGGGAUUGUCCAGCAAGCAGAACCUGAAUCUGAAUCUGAAUCAGCAGCAGCAGCAGCUGGCCCAGCAGAAGCAUCACCAGCUGGUGGCCACCAGUGUCGCUCCCAUAACCAUCGACACCAAGCUCGCCGCCAGCAACACGAAUACACUCCAGCAACACCAGCAGCAGGCGGUCGUCCUGGGCCACAGCUCCUCGUCGGCCUCGCCCGCCUCCUCCGUCAGUUCCAGCUGCUCGAAGAAGUCCGUCGGCAGCAGCAGCAGCAGCAGUCUGAGCAGCUGCAGCAGCAGCAGCAGCCACAGCAACAGCAGCUGCCACUCCAAGGGAGGCGGUCCAGCGACGGCGAGCCGCUUCCUCAACAAGUCCACCUCGACGUCGCCCGCCAAGAGCCUCUCGCGGACCCUCAAGGCCACCCAGAAGGCGAGCGGCACCCAGAAGGUCGGUCAGCUGGUCAAGUCCGCCUCCCUGCACAGCCUGAGCAGCGGCAGUAGCGGCAGCAGCAGCGGGAACAGCAGCGGAAACAGCGCCAGCGGCAGCUCCUCGCUGCUGGCCACCAUCUCCACCUCGCCGCUGACCGUCGAGCUCAUCUCGAGCGCUGCCUGCAGGGGCCUCCUGGCCUCCAGGCUCAGCGGAAAGGCCUUGGAGCACACCUUUCAGGACAUAAUACUGCUGCAGGAGGCCUACGACGACAUGUCGGAGGGAGAGCAGCGUUUGCAUCCCACGUUCCUGGGCAGCAGCGACGACGGCAACAACUCGGAUUGCUACGAUGCCAGGCAGUCGCCGCCGAAGGCCAUCGUGGAUUCCAGUCCGCUGCAGCCGGCGAUGGACAAGAACAAAGAAUCGCUCAAAGUGAAGCUCAUGGUGCGACGUCCACAUUCGCAGCUCGUCGAGCAGGGCAUUAUACCAUCUCUGAAAACCUCGCCCGCCAUCCACGAACAAUGCAAGCAGCUGGAGCGCGCCAAGACGAGCGACCUGUUGAAGGCGAAGAUCCAGCAGCGGCCGAACCGCGAGGACCUGGAGCGGCUGCACAUCCUGGAGGAGGACGAGUGCCACAUCGACCCGAGUCUGGCGGAGAAGCAGCGCAUGCUGAAGAAGGCCCGCCUGGCGGACCAGCUCAACUCGCAGAUCCAGCACCGUCCGGGGCCGCUGGAGCUGAUCAAGAAGAACAUCCUGCACACGGAGAAGCCGAUCGAGAAGAUCGUCAAGGAGGGGCUCGUCUCCUUCAAGGCCACCAGCGAGGGGCUGCUCACGCGGCCGCAGCACCCGCACAGCUACGUCACCUUCGACGAGGACUCCCUGAGCUCCGAGAGCGACACGCGGCAGACGCCCCCGCGGCUCCUCGACGAGGCAAUGGUCGUCGCCUCGGUGGGCUCCCCCACCACCACCGACGUGCUCCAGGCGGCGGCCGCCUCCGCGGGAAUAGUUACCAUGGCCCUGACCCUGCCGACGGCUGGCCAGCUGGUGGUCACCUCGCCGCAGAUCCUCCCGCAGCAGCCGGCGAAGGCAGUGGUGGUGCCGGCGCCAGUGCCACCGCCUCCUCCGCCGCCACCGCCGCUCCCGGUGGCCAGUGGAGUGAUCAAGGUGAAGCAGGAGACGGCCAACCUAUUCGAGGAGCUGUGCCAGAGCGUGACGGGCCAGCCGGCCAGCCACCACUACCUCCCCAUGCCCAUGCUGGCCUCGCCCUGCUCCCUGGCCUCCAGCACCUCCACCCUGAGUCCGCUCUCCUCCAUCGCCUCGCCGCCGCCGCCGCCGUCGUCGCUGAGCAGCGCACGCCUGCACCUGCAGCCCGUCUCCGUGAAGUCGGACGCCCCGGGGAAGGACAAGAACCGCAAGAAGUCCAAGUCGAAGCCGGUGUCCAAGGCGCGCACCAUCAAGUUCCACGAGUACAAGGGCCCGCCGAGCGCCGCCGGCCAGAAGCAGGACCAGGCGCAGCCGGAGGAGACCUCCUACCAGCUGAUGCUGGAGCAGCAGAACUGCCUGCUGAAGUUCCUGGAGAACCUCAACAAGAACCAGUCCAUCAUCCCGGCGCCGAGUGCCCCUGCCCCGGGUUCCCUGCUUCCCGCGACCACCAACAGCAUCACGGUGACCACGAAGACCGUGCCCGCCCUGGCCUCCCAAUCCGCUCCAGCGCCGGCUCCGGCCCCGCUCAGCCUGCCCAACACCAUUUCCAUAACGAGCAGCUCGGGCGGAGCUCCGCUGAACUUCGGGGAUGCUGCCAUGCUAACAUCCGCUCCGGCAGCCACCGCCACCAACCCACCCACCCUCUCGCUGAUCGCCGCUCCGCAGCAGCAGUUGCAGCUGCAGCACAACCAGCACCCCCAGCUGCAGCAGCAUCCGCUCCAGAACCACCAGCCACACCAACCGGUGGCCGUGCAGCAUCCGCCCGCUCUGCCGUCGCCGGCGCUGUCGGUCAGCUCCUCGAUCCCGCCCAGUCCGGCCACCAGCUACGCCGAGUCCACCAGCAGCUCCAUCACGGACCUCACGCGCCUCGAGAAGAUGAAGGUCUCCGACCUGAAGCAGCACCUCAAGCGCCGGAACCUGCCCGUCUCCGGACCCAAGCCGCAUCUCAUCGAGCGGCUGAAGCCCUACCUUCCGCUGGAGCCACUCGACAGCGGAGGAGCAGCAAAUACCGCCAACUCCAACGGGAGCAGCAGUGCCGCCGCCGCCGAGGUGAUCACCAUCAGCGACGCCAUGGACACCAGCAACUGCGGCCUGGCGGAGCAGCCGCCUCCGGUGACCAUGCUGGUCACGUCCUCCGACGUGGGAAUGGAGCACGAGCAGAUGGACGUGGUGCAGCAGCAGCUGGACAGCUCGCUCCCGAUGAGCCUGCAGACGAUCCUGCCGCCCCAGCCGCAGACGGCCACCAUUAUCCUGACCAACGAGGAGCUCCUGCGCGAGCAGCAGCGCAAGAUCGACGAGCUGCAGCGGCAGCUGCAGCGCUCGCAGCAGGAGCUGCAGAAGAUCCGGCAGCGCCAGCAGCAGCAGCACCACCAGCAGCAGCAUCAGCAGACGGUCACCGCGCAGGUGGUGAAUGCUCUGCCCUCGCAGCAGAUCACGCUGAUCACCACGACCUCGAACGGACCGCAGCAAACGUUGACUGUGGUGCCGCAGCAGCUGGAGAAGAGCAUUCCCGCCAAGGUGACGGUCAAGGCCAGCGGAGGAGGAGCCAACAGCAGCAGCCACAAGGGCAACGGUCUGCAGCAGCAGGGAUCGGCGGCCAAGAAGCCAGCCGGCGGCAACUCAAACGGAAGCAGCAGCAACAGCAACAACUCCUCCUCGUCAGUUAAUCCGCCGCCCAUCAACCAAAAGAUGGUGGUCAAGCAGCAGCUGGAGGCCAAGAUCCAGAAGCAGAAGGCAGCCGCAGCAGCUGCCGCACAGCAGCAACAGCAGCAACAGCAACAACAGCAGCAACAACAGCAACAUCAGCAGCAACAGCAGCAACAGGUGCGCCUGCUCACGCAAAAGACACAAACUGUACUCAUUCCAUUCAACAACAACAACAACAACAAUCACAUAAACAACGCUCCUGCCAAGACAACAGCCAAGAAAUCCAGUCUGUCCGCCGGGAACACAACCACCACGACCAUAUUGCAGGCAGCCAAGCCGGCGGCAGCAACCGUGGCAACUGCAACUCCGUCCGCUCAGCACCACAACAACCUGGGGCUGCUGUGGAACGAGGGCAACCAGACCAUCUUCCUGGUGGGCCUGAACGACCAGCACAUGACCGCGCACACGCUGGGCAACAUCAGCCUGACGGCCACCACAGCAGCAGCACCUGCAGCAGCUGCAGCAGCAACAACAGCAACUGCACUUCCUGCUGCUGCUCCCAAGAAGCUGCUAAAUGGCCACCAACGCACAAGCUCCCUGCCCAGCAUCGUCUUCCCCAUCGAGGCCAAGUCGAUCAUCACGCAGCAGCAGUUGCAGCAACUGCAGCAGCAGCAGCAACAACAACAGCAGCAGCAACAGCAGCAAUUCCAGACGGUCCAGCAGCAACCACAGCAGCAGCAGCAGCAGCAGCAACUCAUCCAGCUGGACAUCAAGCCCACGCCGGCACCUCCGCCGCAGUACGAGGAGGCCACCAAGCAGCUGGCGGCCAGCAAGGCGGCGGCUCUGAACGGCCUCCUGCCGCUGGUGAAGAUCAAGGAGGAGCCCGUGCAGUCGCCCGCUCCGGCGGCAGCUCCUCUGGCCACGACGGCGCCGCUCAGCAAGCGCAAGUCGGCGGGCAUCAAGUCCGAACAGGUCAGCGACGUCCUGGACAUCCUCAUCACAGGGGAGCUGCCCGAGAGCGCCGCCCUGGAGCCCAUCACCCCGCUGACUCCGCUGCCCGAGCUGUCCAUGUUCAACGGGGCCACGGCCACGCCCACGACGGCGGCGGGCGGGGCCAGCAUUGUGCCGCUGGUGCCCAAGCUGGAGGCGCCCGCCACUCCGGCCCAGUCGCUGGACAUGGCCAUGGACACGAACGAGGCGCACGUGGGCUUCGCAGGCGGACAGCACAGCACGGGCUUCAUCGAGAGCAUCGACAUGGGCUCGCCCCUGCAGGCGGAUCCCUCGGCCAUCGACGCGGAGAGCGUGGCCAAGACCCUGGACAUCUUCCUCGAGCAGCACCACGCCACGCCCCCGCCCAGCACGCCGCCCAAGAGCUGCCACAGCGGAAGCGAGAAGCCGAACAGCCCGGACGCCAAGCUGAACCACUUCGACGAGUACGAGCUGUUCGAGCUGAUGUCCCAGCAGCUGGAGAUGGACAUGGGCGACGACUCCACCGGCUACUGCCAUCCAGCGGCAGCCAAGAGCAACGUCAUCAGUGGAGGCAGCAACAACAACGGGAACCUGCUGCGCGAUCUCAACCCCAGCCUGCAGCCCUCCAUCAACGAGCUGCUGGACGCGAGCAGUCCGAAGAGCGUGCUGCUGAACAACAACGCCUCCGCCGACGUGGACUUUGACGCGGAGAGCUUUGUGGCCCAGCUGAGCCAGCACGUGGUGGGCAACGGCAACAUGAACAGUCCGGGGGUGAGCUGCAACGGGUCCGCGGACCCCUCCUCCUCCUCCUCGGCGGUGAACGGGCACUUCGGCAGCCACGGCACCCCGAUGGACUGCGACGACUUCGAGAGCACGCUCAACUCGUUCAUGCAGGCGGUGAGCCAUCCGCAGGCGGGCCAGCACGGGGAGUACUCCGCGGCCGGGGGAAUGGCCAACGGAUCGGGCGGAGGCGGAAUGGGCGUGGACAACGGCAGCGGAGGAGCCGUGGACGUCUUCAAUGCGAGCGGCGACAUCUUCGACCUGUUCAACAUGGACGACUACAAGAUGAACUGGGCAGCGGGGGAUUUCACGGUCUAAGUGGAUUAUCCUUUUCACUUAUUUUCCUCCCUCCCAAAGGGGAGGAGCUGAGGUCUUCAAAGCAAAGCCAUUUAUUUCCCCGACUUUGUUCCGCAUCGAGAGAAAGAUAGAAAACAAACACACAAUCCAGCGUGGUGCUCACUUUUCUCAAAAUAUUCCUGAAGAAUUCGUUUCGAAGAAAGCAAACACACACACACAUUUACACAACAAAAACAAAACCAAUCCUAUUUAUUUUCUAAAUGCAUUUAAAACAUUUGAACGUCAGUUGAAAUUUCGAAACUUUACUAUUUCCAAGAAACAAAAAAACAAUGCCAAAAUUGCCGGGAGUGACACUCCAAAAACCAUACUUUUGCACCCUUUCCUAUAUAAGCAAGAAAAACAAAUAACAAAAACCACAAAAACAAAAAGAAAAGCAGCCAAAACAUUUAGAAAAGAAUAACAAGUUAAACUUACCAUAACAACUAUCAUUAAAUCGUAAGCCUACAAAAGUGUAAAGAUCGAUAAUGAGAGAAAAGUAAAACAAAAGUACAUGUUUCUAAUGAAGGUCAUUCCAAUUUGAGAAUAAUGCGAGUGAAAUCUAACUAACUAAACAGAAUGGAAGGAUGAAUGAGUUCAUAUGGGUUGAGGAUCAGGAUCAGAAUCACGAUCAAAAUCAGGAUCUGCAGAAAAUGAGGGAGAGAAAGCGCUAUCAGAAAUGAGAAAGCAAAAAAAUCUAUAAAAAGGUAAAAAAAAUUAUAUUCUUGUUGUGAGAACGACUUAAGUGAAACACAUUCAGUAAUUUUGUUUUAAGUUCUAUUUAAAAUGAAAUGAAUUAAAUUAUUAAAAGCCUGCGCAGUGCUUCAUGUUUAUUUUAAAGCAAAAUUAAAAUAAUUAUUAAAUAUUUAAACACAAUUUGAGAAGUAUUUCCUUUAAGGAAAGAAAAAGCCUUUAAAGUAGUCGAAGCCACAAACCGGUUAAAUAAAUUUUUGAACUCGGGUCAAAUUUAUUUCAAAUUCUAGGGAAAAUAUAUGCGAGUGUAUUCAUACUUUCUUUUUGUUCUGCAUUCUUGGGCACAGCGAAUUCCGUUACUUAAAUUAAUUCUAACGACAAUAUAUGAAUAACAUUUAACUUAGGUUUUUCGUAAAGUAAUUCAAUCCUGCGGCGUGUACUUAACGCACAUUUUUAUCAGUGUCUACCGCGAUUCGCAUUUGGAUUCGGAUUCGGAAUUAAAUCGUUCAUCUCUUCUACCAUACGCAUACAUUUUCGGCUAAGUAUACUUUGUAAAUUGAGAGCAUGCCAAGCAUUCGGACAUAUUUUUGAGUGUAGGGCUCAUUAAAAUAAAUUUUAAACGUAAACUAAAGUAAUAUUAAGCAAAGGACACAUUUCAAGAGAAGUAGCAGGCGAGCAGAACGAAAAACCAAUUCAAAAUUGAAACAUGUGAAGAACUCAAUACACCAAUAAAUAUAUUUUUGUAUAAGCGAAUAACAUAUAUAGUACUCUACGUUUAGAUCUAGUCUUAAAUUUCACCAACCAUCUCACCCGCAGAGCAAAAGUUAAUCAUCACUUGACACUUGUUUACAUUUGCAAUAAUCCGAUUCGAACACGAAUAGAGAUCAUCGAGGCGCUUUGAACGCAAAUGAGAACGUUUCCAUUACAGCAAUUCAUACGUUAGUUUUAAUGAGUACGUUUAUUGUUAGCAGCAAACUUAAUUACCAUAACUAAACUUAUUGUUUGAUUAAUUCUAAAUUUAAUUACCCAAAUAUCUAAUUUAAUAUGUUGGCUUGAACAAUUUUGUGCGUUGCGUUUAAAAGAGAUUUCACUUAAAUACAAUACAGAAUAAACUGAAUCACGUCAUGAACAAUGUGUAAUUUCUUAGCCACAAAACGGACGAGAGUCUGCAAUAUAUAAUAUUCUUAACAAGUGAUAUACCGAUAUACUUAUACUUACACUACACACUUGACUAUGUGCAGAACCCAAUGCGUAAAUAAAACAUAAUUCAUUUUCCAAAA